CAUGGCGUCGGGCCGUGGAGCUUCUUCGCGCUGGUUCUUUACACGGGAACAACUGGAGAAUACGCCCAGCCGCCGCUGCGGAAUGGAGGCGGACAAAGAGCUCUCGUCGCGCCAGCAAGCGGCCAACCUCAUCCAGGAGAUGGGACAGCGUCUCAAUGUCUCUCAGCUUACUAUAAACACGGCGAUUGUUUAUAUGCACAGGUUUUAUAUGCACCAUUCUUUCACCAAAUUCAGUAGAAAUAUUAUAUCACCUACUGCAUUAUUUUUGGCUGCAAAAGUGGAAGAACAGGCUCGAAAACUUGAACAUGUUAUCAAAGUAGCACAUGCUUGUCUUCAUCCCUUAGAACCCCUGCUGGAUACUAAAUGUGAUGCUUAUCUUCAGCAGACUCAAGAAUUGGUUUUACUUGAAACCAUUAUGCUACAAACCCUAGGUUUUGAGAUCACCAUUGAACACCCACAUACAGAUGUGGUGAAAUGUACCCAGUUAGUAAGAGCAAGCAAGGAUUUGGCACAGACAUCCUAUUUCAUGGCUACCAACAGUCUACAUCUUACAACCUUCUGUCUUCAGUAUAAACCAACAGUGAUAGCAUGUGUGUGCAUUCAUUUGGCUUGCAAAUGGUCCAAUUGGGAGAUUCCUGUAUCAACCGAUGGAAAACAUUGGUGGGAAUAUGUGGAUUCUACAGUAACUCUUGAAUUACUAGAUGAGCUAACACAUGAGUUUCUACAAAUAUUGGAGAAAACGCCUAAUAGGUUGAAGAAGAUUCGAAACUGGAGGGCAGACCAGACGACUAAGAAACCAAAAGUAGAUGGACAGGUAUCAGAGAAACCACUUCUUGGUUCAUCUUUGGUCCAGAAUUCCAUCUUAGUAGACAGCACUACUGGUGUGCCUACAAACCCAACUUUUCAGAAACCAUCCACAUCAGCAUUCCCUGCACCAGUACCUCUGAAUUCAGGAAACAUUUCUGUUCAGGAGAGCCAUACAUCUGAUAAUCUGUCAAUGCUAGCCACAGGAAUGCCGGGUACCUCAUAUGGCAUGUCAUCACACCAAGAAUGGCCACAACAUCAAGAAUCAGCAAGGACAGAACAGAUAUAUUCACAGAAACAGGAGACAUCCUUGUCUAGUAGCCAGUACAACAUCAACUUCCAGCAGGGACCUUCUUUAUCACUGCAUUCAGGAUUGCAUCACAGACCUGACAAAAUGUCUGAUCACUCGUCUAUUAAGCAGGAAUAUACUCAUAAGGCAGGAAGCAGUAAACACCAUGGGCCAAUUUCUGUCACUCCUGGAGUAAUUCCUCAAAAAAUGUCUUUAGAUAAAUACAGAGAAAAGCGUAAGUUAGAAACCCUUGAUCUGGAUGUAAGGGAUCAUUAUAUAUCUGCCCAGGUAGAACAGCAACACAAACACAUGCAGUCACAGGCAGCAAGCAGUUCGGUGACUUCUCCCAUUAAAAUGAAAAUUCCCAUCUCAAGUUCUGAAAAACCUGACAAGUUUAUGGCAGAUAAAAAGGAAAAGAGUGGAUCACUAAAGUUACGGAUACCAAUACCACCCAUUGAUAAAAGUUCCAGUAAAGAAGAACUGAAAAUGAAGAUAAAAGUUUCUUCAGAAAGGCACAGCUCUUCUGAUGAAGGCAGUGGAAAGAGCAAGCAUUCAAGCCCACACAUUAGCAGAGACCAUAAGGAGAAGCACAAGGAGCAUCCGCCCAAUCGCCACCAUCUCAGUGGCCACAAGCAUUCUCAUGUACAUAGUGGCGGUAGCAGUGGUGGUAAUAAACACAGUGCUGAUGGAAUACCCUCUACUGUUCUGAGGAGUCCUGUUGGCCUGAGCAGUGAUGGCAUUUCCUCUAGUUCGAGCUCUUCAAGGAAGAGGCAGCAUAUCAAUGAUGCAUCUCACAACCAUCACUCCAAAAUGAGCAAAAGUUCCAAAAGUUCAGGUAGUUCAUCUAGUUCUUCCUCUGUUAAGCAGUAUAUAUCCUCUCACAACUCUGUUUUUAACCAUCCCUUACCCCCUCCUCCCCCUGUCACAUACCAGGUGGGCUACGGACAUCUCAGCACCCUCGUGAAACUGGACAAGAAACCAGUGGAGACCAACGGUCCUGAUGUCAAUCACGAGUACAGUACAAACAGCCAGCAUAUGGACUACAAAGACACAUUCGACAUGCUGGACUCGCUGUUAAGUGCCCAAGGAAUGAACAUGUAAUCAUUUGUUUAGGUCAAUCUUUCCUUUACUUUUUUAAUUUAAGAAGUGUUAGAAUGGAAAACUUCUGAUCUAGCAGUGGUAACACCCGCUGUUGCUGCCACUGCUUCAAUAUUUGUAAGUGCUGCUUUAUUCUUCAUUCUGAAAAGAAGAGAUUAUAGUAAACAAGUCUUUAUCUCCACAUAUGAUAGUGUUAUAAAUACUGUAAAAGCAUGGAAGGUGCAAAAACCCAGUAUUUCUACAAUUGCAGCUAAGAACAUUAGGAUGAAUGGCUGGCUGCUUCUAGGAAUAUAAGAUGCCUCAAGCAUUUGUUAUUUAUAAUUUGAAUACUGUAGCCAUUUUUUUUUUGUUGCUUGGCUUUUGAAUGAGUGUAAAUUGUUUUCUUUUGUGUAUUUAUACUUGUAUGUAUGAUUUGCAUGUUUCACUGAUAAAGGGAUAAAACAGUAUGCUGACAACUGUUUACAGGAAAGUGGAGAAAAAUGUACAUACAUUUUUGUAUGUUUAGAUAUUACCAUAAAUACUCAGGAUUGGAGCUGCUUGUAAGUAUAACAAUAUACAGAAUUAACUAUUUUAUCUUGUCAGAGUCCAUCACUAAUCUAAAACAAAGGUGGCACUUUUUCAUGUUAACCUUAACUCUAGGCCUUACUGGAAGCCACUGACGGUGGACACUUCACUACCAGAUGUGUACAGUGCUAGAGAUGGUCAUUUACACUGUGAGGCACUGAACUUUGGCCUUCAGAAAUUCUGACCAGUUAGGCUACAGAAAUAGCCCCUAAUUUUCUGAAGGCUCGAAGAAGAAAAAAUAAAGUUUACAUACUCUUGAUGUGAAGUGCAUUUAAAUGUUUGUUGGCUUGUUGCAGUACUAUAAACACAGAGCUGUUAAUGGUCAUGUAGAUUACUGUGAUUGAAAACUCAACUCACCAAAACUUACAUAGUGAAAAAGUAGUACGUUUUUAUCUUAAAUAAAGAAAUUUAACACUACAUAUUUAACAGUAAAUAGAGAUCACUUUUCAUUUAGUAGUCUGAAUGACACCAUAUUCUUAAACAUUUUCCUCUCUGGAGCGUGUUUGUGUAUGAUGCCAUAUUUCUUUUUCAGGUAAAUGCAGUCUUCCUUAAAGUAAAUUAAACCUGCUCAGAAUUUUUAUAUGUUAACAAUAAAUAAAAAUAAAAGAUCACUGACUGUGCAUUGUACCUAUAUUUGUAGCUUAGGGUUAUUAUCAGAAAGUUCUUUUGAGGACAAAAAGGUCAGUUUCCAGCAAGUGGAGGUUUUACAUUAGUUUGCACAUCUCAGUAUAUUCUUUGUUGAGGUUAAGUUUGCACAGUCAAAUGACUUUUGAACAAAAGUAGACUUUAACUUGUUUAAAAUUUAUCUUAAACACCAGUCAUUUUGCUUGGGUUUAUCAGCAAAUCUUGGAUUUAUUUUGUGGUAGAUCUUCAGUAGCUUUGAGGUGAAUUCAACUUCUGUCUUAAUUUUUGUCUGUGUAUAUGAAUUAUUUUUGUUACAAAGCCACUGAUCUGUGCACAAUUGUAAUUUUACUCAAAUAUGUUCCAGUUGUAAAUACUAGAGAGUUUAAUCUUGUGGUCUACUUUUAUUUAGCAAUUACUUAAUUUCCCAGUAACUUUAAGAAGAUUUUAAGACAAUUGUUCAUUAUUUUGUCAAUGUUAUUUGAACUUAGAAUACUAGGAGUCUCUUUCUAGAGACCAUUGCCUAGCUAGCAUGUCCUAAUAUUGUUCUUGUCUUGCAUAACUUUAGUAACCUUUGUCAUUACAUGUAACUUUGUUACUCUGUAUGACAUAGUGUCCAUAAACAUGGUAAUUUUGAUACCGUUAUACUUUACAGUGGUACAUAAUCCAAGGACUAGUAUAGAAUUAAGAGUGCAAGAUGAGGGAGGGAAGGGUUUUUUUUGUUCUUGGGAAUUUAGAUGUGAAACCUCUAAGAAACUAUCAUGUGAAAUGACAUAGAGUGGUUGUGCUACUGUAUAAUUGGGGAUGAUAAUACCAGGAAUUUUUAAUAAGAUUUUUGUAAAGACUAUUCAGAAAAGCAGUGAACUUAUUUUCAAUAUGAUAUAGGAAAAUGUGAAUAUUUAAGGUCUGUGACUAUACUUAAACUUCACUAAGAAUUUGCAGAAUUGUUUUGAGAUGUGGGAAUAAAGUAAUUUUGUUGAAUCUAUAUUGGUGCUAAUGAUGGACAGUUAAAAAGGUAGCUAGUGUAUAUUGUUAUGGGUCAGUACUUAUUGGUACUUCCAAAAUUAAAUUUGAAAUGCUAUGUAUUCACUUUUCACUUUGUAAAUGUAAUUCUUUAUGAUGACUUUAUUUAUUAAAGGGCAGCCAGUUGUAAUUUUUACAGGAUUGUGUGAGCUAUUCAAACUUUUUAACCUCCGGACAGGAUAUUCUAAUACCACACUGGAGAAAGUAUGAAAAUUUAAGUUUCAUUUCCAUUACGAAAAAAAUUCUAUAUCAUUUUACUAUGAAUUUGCUUUAACCAUCUAAUUUGCAUAAAAUAAUUUAUCGGCCUGGUCCCAAUAGGCUGAACCAAAGAAACAAAAGACUCCAUUGAAUGGACAUUAUUACUGAGUCUUCCUGUAAGUAGCCAUAAGUAAACCAAAAUAGUAUCACCAAACUUAGGUGUGAAAAUCCACAUGUGCAAAGUACUGUUAAGGUGAUAAAUUUUGAUGAUUUUUUAAAAACAUAUUUGAAAUAUUAAAAAACAUUAUCUUUAAAACAUCCUAUAAAA